AUGCGUUUCGCCAUCAACUUCUUCACGUCCAUCGGGCUGGGGGGCAUCACGGACCGCAUGCGCGAGCUCUACAAACAGAUGCCGAGGCUUCUGGCGGAGCGCGCCGCGCGGGAGAGGGAGGAGGCCGAGAAGGCCGCGGCCGCGGCGCGCGCGGCUCGCGGGGGCGACAGCAGCAGCAGCGACGACUCGUCCAGCAGCGACGACUCGAGCAGCAGCAGCGACAGCAGCAGCAGCGACAGCAGCAGCGACGACUCCAGCAGCAGCGGCACGACCACCAGCAGCAGUAGCAGCAGCGACUCCGAAUCGGAGGACUCCGGGCGGCGCGGCAAGGGGCGCAGCGGGGGCAGGGGCCGAGACGACCGGCACCGCGGUGGCGGCGGCGGCGGCAGCAGUGGGCGUGAGCGGCCGCGCAGCCCGCCAGAGCGCAAUGGGAGCCGCGGCGGCGCGGAGGGCGACGCCCGCGCCGCACGCCGCGGCGGCGGUGAAGGGGGCGGGCGCGGGGAGCCGCUGAGGCGGGGCGACGAGCGGCGUGGGGGGGCGGACAGGGAGCGCGGCGGCGCGGACGAGCGCCGCAGGGACGACGAGCGCCCCGGCGGGGCCGACAGGGACCGCAGCGGAGGCCGCGAGCGCGACAGGGGGCGCGACGAGCCCCGGGACCGGCGGGGCGGCGGCGACGAACGCCGUCGCGGCGGCGAGGAGCGCGAGGGGGGCCGCGGGCGUGGGCGGGACGAGGACCGCGGCCGGGACGAGGACCGCGGCCGGGACGAGGACCGCGGUCGCGAGAGGGGCGGGGGCCGCGAGGAGCGCGGGCGGCGCGACAGCCGUGAGGACAGGGACAGGCGGCGCUGA